AUACGCGAUAUCUGUAAGAAUAUGGCGAAGUAUGGACACUUGUGAGAGUUUUGUUUAUCAUUGGAAAUUAUAUAAUGCGGAGAAACAGUAGACACGGCGAGGUUCCUUUACCUGAAGGAUGGGAGAAAGGUGUAGAUUCAGCUGGUAGGACGUAUUUUAUAGACCAUGUAAACAAGAAAACUACAUGGAUAGAUCCUCGCGACAGGUUAACAAAGCCGCUGACAUUUGCAGAUUGUGUUGCAGAUGAAUUACCUUAUGGCUGGGAAGAGAUUAAGGAUCCACAUCAUGGAAGAAGCAUUUAUAUUGAUCAUAACACAGAAAAUAUGCAAGUGGAGGACCCAAGAAAACAGUGGCGGAAAGAACAGGAGAAAAUGUUAAAGGAUUACUUAAUGGUAUCACAUCACAAUCUUCAGGCUAAGCAAGACGUGUUAAAUAUGAAACAGAAAAGGCUUCAUUUAGCGGAAGAAGAGUACAUGUAUUUCAUGUCGAAACUGGCGUGUAAAGACGGGCAACAUAUUCGUGGAAACCUGCCUGUUCUACCAGUGAAACCAAUCGCAACCGGACGUCCAGUCGUAACUCAGUCUGCUCGUACUUGUGAAGAAAGAAAUGAUUGUGAUCAGGACGAAUUGAGCGAGCAAAUUGCAAACUCACGAUCAAGAGUUGCGAAGCUGAAACAAGACAUAGCAAAUUUCAAUGAAGAAAUUCUAUAUCAACAGUCUGGUGUAAGAACGCUGGAAAUGUUUGAUGAAAAACUAAGAACUGAGAAUACUGACCACCAGGAAGUACAAAUUGGUCGUGUUAACGAGUUAAAAAAUAUCGAACAAAGUGUAGACAGCGAAGAAAAACAACAUCAAAAACUCAUUCAAGAUCUUAUAGUAUUGAAGAAGAAGUUUUCAUUUCACUCUGGGAGCGAGGAGUCUGGAUCAGAGAAGGGAAGUUUGUCAAAAUUGAGCAGCGAAUGUGGUGGUUCAGAUGUAUCACUGUCUCGUUCAUAUUCGGAUCUUAAUCGACGUCAGUUGGAGAUUGAAUCCGAGCAGGUGCUGGCAAAAGUCGCUCAACUACAAGAUGAACUCGAUAGUGUUGAACAGAAAUUAAUGAGUGUAAAUAUGCAAGAUUACAUUCUUCUUAUAAACGAAAGAGAAGAGUUUCUGCUACAGCUAGAAAGAUCAUCGAGUAUCGAGCCUGAUUUACAAAAGAAGAUGCAUUUGGACAUGGAAAUGAGGAAUGUCUCUGACGAGUUAAAAUUAGCGAAGAUGGAUUAUGAAACCGUUGUUAGGGAGAAAUAUCGGCUUGAAGAUCAUAAGAAAUCGUUGGUUAAACUUCUUGCAGAAACAUUGAAGAGGAGUAAACUAUUGACUGCUCAUUUACGCAACAUGAUGGGCAGUGGCCAUUCUGUGUCGUCAUGUAAUAGUUCUAGUCGAGGCUCAUUAAACUCCAGCCGUGGAGCUCAAAGUCGUGAAUCCCUAUCAUCAAGUCGAGGUUCCAUGUCUUCUGUCAAUCAAACAGACAGCGGAGCUGGACAAUAUGAACCUAACUUUCGAGAACUGCAUCAACGUGUUAGUGAUAUUUUGCAGGAAAUAUCGUCCACCUCAACUCAAUCAUCACAAACGGCGACUCCGCGAGGAACAAUUUCUCAAAUAUCGUCAUCUUCUAAAGACUCGCUCUCAAUGUCGUCUGUGUCUCCACCAACGUCACCAGGAUCAUAUAACCCGUCUCCAAGGAAUUCAGACUUAGCUCUAAAUAAUAUAAGAGUAUCUUCCGAGUUGACACCGACCUACACAGACAGUAUAAUGAACGAACGAACUCCAGCAAAUCCGGAUGCACUAAUGUUACAGUUAAAUCGCUUUCGUUUUGGUAAUGAUACAACAACCGCGUUGUCGCCAAUAACUGAAGGUAUUCCAUCAAAAAGUCAUGUUGCAAAACAGGGUGUAUCUGCAGCUGUUUCUGAUGAAAGUGUGGCGGCUGAUAGUGGUGUGUUUGUCUCCUCUAUGGAAAACCUGCGACGUCAGAACAGUAUGAGAUCUAGUGGACAAUGCAGUGAUGAUGAUGGAAUUGAGGCACCACAAAUAAAAAUAGGUUUGGGUUAUGUGGAAGAGAAGGAACAAUUAUUAGUGUGUAUUGAUGAAGCAAGUAGUUUACGUUUACUUGGUUCUUGUGAUGGAUGUCUGGGUGUGAGAACUAAGGUCUGUGUGCUUCCACUUGCAUCAGCCGCUGAUGUGUAUUCAACUUCAGUCUGCAAGGAUCUUCGUCGUCCUGUAUUCAGCGAACAGUUCUUCGUUUCUCUACCAAAGAUCUCACUGUCGCGCAGGAUUUUACUAGUUGAUGUUUGGGUGGUUGAUGAGAGAAAUAACGAGUCAAUGCUGGGAGGUUGUCAGAUUGGUUUAGAAGAUUUCAAUAUUCAUUCGCCGGUGACAUUCAGAUGGUUUAAUCUUCUUAGUUCAACUUCAGUUUAUUUCUCGACGGCAGUGACUAAACAUCAAGGCAAGACCCCUUCGACCUACGAGAGCUUGAGAUCCAGACCAAACUCAUGGGGCGGGGAUGUUUUGAACGCAGCAAUAUCAAGCGGCAAAAUGUUUUGCGAAGGAUCAUUAAGUCAGGAAGAUGGUUUAAGCAGAUCCUGUGGCGCUACAACUUUCCUCGACAUGAACAAGAAUUGUAAACAACAAUCGCGCAUGCGCAGUAACGAUUCCUUGAGCAGCGCACAAAGUCAAGAGAGUGGUGUGGAGAAGGACAGCAGAUCACAUAGUUCCAGUUCAUUGUUGGAGAAGAUGUCUCAGGCGAUAGCCAGGAGGAAGAAUUCAGAUCCGAAAGCGGACGUUCACGAAAUUAAGUGUGAAGAAGGUCCGGUACCCUGGAAUCCAACCAUGACUGAAUUUCAGAGACGUCAAAUCACCGUCAGUCGCAGUAACUCAGAUUGCACAGCAAAAAGAAUGACAGGAAGCUCAACAAACCAUUUUAUUCGACAUUUUGUUGAUAGAUCAAGCUUCAAACGAAAAUCGCGACCUGUAUCUUGGCAACAGCCACCAUCUUGGAUCCAAGGCAACCCAACAGCCCCAGUUCAACCAUCACAAGGGAGUGAUUAUCUUGGUGGCAGUAGAACAUCUUUGGAUAUUGAACUAGAGCUGGAGGCAUCGAAAGCCAAACAGAUCCAGUUGGGCAAAGAAAAUGCUCGCUUGCAAGAAAUGAAAAGAAUAAUGGAAGCAGCACAGUUGAACGGUUCAACUGAAUUACCUCCCUGGCUUGUAGAAAAUAGAGAUUUUAGAAAAUUCUUGAAAGAAGUAGAAAAGGAUUCUGUUCAACCAAAAGAUUCGGUAGUUUCUUCCGUCCCUCAGGCGACACCUGGGCAGAAUCCACAAAGGGGAACAAAACAGGACGAAAUGAAGAAAUUCAAAAAUAAAAUGGACUUUAUAACGAGCCUACGUCUUCGCGUGCCUCAACCACCGUCAGACAUGGAAAAACCUUGUCUAGUUUAGCAUAGUUAUGUACAUAAUAAUAUUAUCAGUAGUUGACAAAGUCGAUAUAUAUUCAAAAAAUUUAACCCCAAAUAUCUAUUAUUUUAUAUAAUUAUAGUUAAAACAUUUAAAUGCUGGUGAAAAAGGCACACUUUAACUUAACCGUUUGUAUUAUCGAUGGGACAAUUUAUAAAAUGGGACACCAUCUUCACCUAAAUAAUAUUUAUUUAAAAUAUUUGUUGGAUCAACGUGCGAAUUAUGUACUAUAUAUAAAUGACAUUUACUAUUGUAAAUUAUAUAAAUAUAUUGAUACAGUUUUAUGUAUCAAGCAAAAUUGUCAUGAAAAUGUGGCAUUUCUUUAUAAUCCUAUGCGACAGAUAGUUGCAGUAUUCAUGCCAGAGAUGUUUAAUCUCCGGGUGUUGCACUGCAGAAUUACAAUGCUUAAUGGAAUUACAAUGCUUAAUGGUUAAUAUAGGUUGAUCUUUAAAUUUGUAGACCCCCCUCUGUUAUAUAACCCUGUGACUCUACUUACUUUGAAAGAUGUGGAAAAAGCGUGGGUUCUAAGACCCGGAGUGCAUGGUUGGAAUGUCUAUAAUCACCAUAGGAUUUAUUUCGCUAUUUUAGAAAUGUGUAGGUUAUUGAAUUGCCACAUUUACAUGCAUGCAUGUUAUGUUGUUUUUGUAUGUGAGAUUGUUACCAGGGUUAUGGAGAACUUUAUACCCAAUUGCAAGAUGGUUUAAAUUUAACUUCUUGCCACAGGUUUUAAUGAGUGUAUAACACUGAGAAUGUAGUCAUAUUAUGAAGCAGUUCCACGUUACGCAAACAUAUAUGUGAUAUAUAUAUAUAACAAAAAUUUAUCAUGACAUUGAACCUCAGCAUAUAUUUUACAUAAAAAGUAUUUUCCCACGAAAAUAUUUCUUUGUGUUGUGUAGGCAGUUAAUUAAGUGGAUUUAUAUAAGACUAUUAUAUGUUUUCCACACACAGAAAAAUGUUUGAUACAUGUAGCACUUAGCCAUGCAUGCUUGAAUUUCAACAUUUUAGUUGUUUUGAAAUUGUGGUUCGUCGGUGUUAUCAAAAAGAUAAGGAGAUGAUUCUUCACAAAUUGUUUUAAUUUUUGGUAUUUUUAACGAAUUAACCACAACAGUAAAUGUAAAUGAACCUCGAUUUAAAUUGAAAGCCGUUUACGCCAGCUAGCUGCGGUUUCAUCUUAGGAUAAAUUUCAGUGAGUGCUAUAUAUCACAAUAUGUUUUGGGUAAUGUUCAUGCAUCGUUGACGUCGUGACUGUAUUCAACAACCUGUGCACUUGUUAUGCUAGUGAUUGUGGUUUAAUACUAUAUAUAUAUGCUUUUAUAUGUGGACAUAUAAUUAUACAUAUGUGGUAAUAUUGUGUUCUGUUUUCCUGGUUUAUUGUUGUAGUGCAAAACAUAUUAUAUUCUAGACAUAUUCUAUGUUAAUCCAAAAUCUUCUCUAACGAAGGGUAUUUUGUACUCGCAUUGCAAUAAACUACCAUAUACGCAAAAUGUUUCA